UGGAGCUGUAGAGUUGGAGACUCUGAAAGAACAAGUAGCCAGCAAAGCUACUUCUACAGAUACGGAUCAACAUGGUUAUCAUACCUACAGUAGGAAGUGGGCAGGAGGUCAUCACGUUGGUGACUCAGCACAGAUACGACUGCUCACCAAACCUGGAGGGUUACUUUAGGGACAAUAUCGUCAGACAUGACCCACUUAUUAACUUCGGAGCUUGUUUGUUGAGUAAAUGCACUCCAGAAGACUCAGACAUGCUUUUCUAGCUUUAUAUUUCAUCUUAUGCUGCACACUCGCUGAUUCAACAUUGGUAUCCUGUUUACGGCAGUCUGUUUUCUGGUGGCAGAUGGCUGCAAGUCACCUUCACAUUCAGCCGUGCCGACGUGGGUGCUUCCACGGUCCUACAAGACCUCAUUACAAUGCAACACACCCAGCCCAGUGCACUCACAUAGUAAAUCUCAUGCCCUUAAAAGGCGCUUUUCAACUGCCUUGUGUUUCUGCGAAGGGCUGUGUGUCUUCGGCUGCUCCUGUGCAGACUCUACCGGUGAAAGAUGGGACUGCAGUUCCUGUACAUUAUCAGGUUUUUGUGUGGCCUUCCUUACAGUAAACCACACUUCCCUAGAGUUUGAUUCAUGCCUUAAGAAAAAUGGCGCCAUGGGUAACACGGAGAGCGCGGUGGUGCAGAAGCGGCUGGCCCGCUUCCGCCCCGAGGAGCGGCCUGUGGUCGAGGGGGUCUUCGACAGGCUACUGGGCGGCGCCGGGGCCCCUUCAGGACCCCCCGGGAGAACCCUAACUCUUGAGAUGCUGCAGGCCUCAAUGGGCAGCCUGGCACCGGACUCCAUGGUGAGGAGGAUCCACCGGUGCAUGUGUGGCAUCGACCCUGAACCGGCAGCUCCUGGGAAAACCAGCACCUCUGCGGCCUCCGGAGUCGGUCGAGAGCAAUUGGUCAUCUUCCUAGCAGACUCCCUGCGGGGCACCGCAGAGGAGCGGGCCCCUCUCGUCAUGGCCAUGUCCCGGGGGGGAGACGAGGCCGCGGUGGCUGUCACGAGGGAGCAGCUGGCAGAGUUCCUCCAGGACCUGAUUUCUGCUGUAGUUCAGAUUCUGGUCCACAGAGAGCGCCUGCAGGCCUGGCAGCCAGAGAAAAUGGGUGACAGCUCCCUGGGUGUCAAACUCCUGGCAGAGCAGAUGUGUUCUGAACUCCAACCCUCAGAUCAAGGAAGUUACGAUGUUUCCUGUCUGGAGGACUGGAUCUUCAGGGUCUCCCAGGUAUCGUUGUACCUGGAGAUGCUGGUAGCUGAGGGCCUCAAUGUGUCCCUGAGCGGCCGGCCGGCCCCCACCCUGCUGCCCCCCUGCAGGGAGACGCCCUGGAAGGGUCUGAGGUGUCUGCUGCUGGACAUUCCCACGCUCAUGUUUCUGGCACCACAGUUGCCGGACAGCUACAGCGCCCCCUGGAGACUUGUGUUUUCCACGCAGCUACACGGGGAGAGCUUCACCCGGAUGCUGGGCGGCCUGACGAAGUGUGGCCCCACGCUGCUGCUCAUCAAGGACACAACGGGCCACGUUUUUGGGGGCUUCGCCUCCCACGCCUGGGAGCUCAAACCUCAGUUCCAGGGUGACUCCAGAUGCUUCCUGUUCUCCGUGUUCCCCAGACUGAGAGUUUAUACAGCAACAGGAUACAACCAGCACUUCAUGUACCUCAACCAGCACCAGCAGACGAUGCCCAACGGACUGGGCAUGGGCGGUCAGCACGGCUACUUCGGCCUGUGGCUGGACAGUGACUUUGGUCGCGGUCAUAGCCGUGCACGGCCCAAGUGCACCACCUACGGCAGCCCUCAUCUCUCUGGAGAAGAGGACUUCACCCUGGACUCAGUGGAGGUGUGGGCGGUCGGAAAACCCCCCGAACCAGAGGAGGGCGAGGAGGGGGCGGGCAAGAAGAGCAUCCUGGAUGCGGAUCCAGAGGUCCAGGCCAUGCUGGAGAUGGCGGGGAAGACUCUACACAGUCAGGGCCUCAGGGAGCCACAGGAAGACCAGGAGCAGUGAGGGACAACGGGGAGAUGGACCAAAAACAAUCUGAUUGGUUCUGUUGGGAGUUCACCGUCUGUCUUUUAAGACAUGUCUUCUGCCAACGAUAUAGUUGAUUUCAGAUUUCCCUGCCUUUCAUUCAGCUUGGACCCUUCAACCCACAAGCUUCUGCUUCCUUUGAUACGGAAGCCCUGAGAAGAAGUACGGGGAAAACAUCUGGUGACUGAUCUAAAUGGUUUUAGACCUGUGUUUACAACUUUUCUAUCUGCAAUAAUAGUUUGUGCAGGUGGAUUUAAUUGUUGUAUUACUCCUUUUGGCCACCAGAGGCUGAGAUGCACCACUACCCCAUGUUCUAAAGAGCAGUAAAAGCAGUUUUAAUUUACAUAUCACACAAUAUACCUGUGUUUAGAUUUGCACAUGUGUGUAUAUAUAUAUAUAUAUAUAUAUAUAUCUAUCUAUCUCCCCACCUUUUAACUUAUCCUGACAACACAUGUUUCCGUUCUAAAGACAAACACAGGAGAGAAAACAAUUUAGAUCAGAAAAUGGUUACCUCAAUUAUCUUUGCUUUAUAUAGCGCUUCUCUAGACACUCCAAGACGCUUUACAUAGGGCAUAGACCAACGGAACAAAACUAAAUAGAAAGACAAGGAGCAAAGAAAAAACUGGAGAAGCUAUGCAUAUAUAAUUACACACGAUAUUAAUGUCAUUCUCACGUUCACAACAAACAAGGUCUUAAGUGGUCUUUAAAGUCCAAUCCACCCCCUUCACACACAACCGAAAGCUACCAGAAUAUUCACGAGAUACUGCAGAACAAUCUAUCAGGUCAGAGGCAGUAGAACACGUGUUUUCCCCCAAUGCAUCAACAUCAUCUUUGUUCAAACAGCUGACUGAAGUAUUAAGUAAGUUAAGUAAGUGAGCACAAAAUAAAUAACACCCUUUAAAAGUUGUUUAUAGCAGUAGAAUGGAAUUAUCCUGAAGGUCUUGGUUUAAAGGAUUGAAGGAUCUCCAUUUGUUUUUAUUGUGAAUUGCUAUGUGACCGAUUAUUUUAUUGCUGUACAGUAUUAAAUGACCUUUUAGGUUUAAGAGACACAGGCCUGUUAGUCAGUUUCUAUCCAGCUGGUUUACCGGAGCCAUGAUACGUAUAUGUGACCAGAUCUUUCAUCUGUAACCAGCUGAGAGUUAUUCAGGGGAUACCAGGGAUUCUAAGGACUUCCUCCCUACUUCUCAAACUGACUGCUGUGGAUACGCUUCUUGAAUACAAGACAAAAGUACCUCUGGAUUGUUUUGUGUUGAAUUUUAAUUUCUUUAGCAUCUGUUUGUGUUCAAGGUCUAUUGCUUGUCCACCGACAUCAUGACCCAGACAUUAAAUGGAAGGUUGGUCUGAUAAAGCGUCGUGUCUUGUUGUGUGUGUGUGGCAAAUCUACCACAUGAAACAAAGGGUACGACAGUUUGAAUACACAUUCCUGUCAAAUGUAGCAUGAUGAAUAGACUUAUAUUGGUCAAGUGGGUGCAAAACUGGAUUUUAUUGUCUUAUUGUAUCCGGUACAACAGAGACUGAGGAACUGCAUCCAAAUCAUCAGGCGUGUGUUUAAAUCAAAGUCAAUCUUUUAAAGCGAGGCUCAGUAAUGCUAUGAAACCAACGGUAGAGUUCAAAGAUUAUUGGAUGCAAAAAUGCAGCCCAGUAUUGCUCUCUUCCAUUAACAGUCACUAGCAGCAUUAGCUCGUAGCUGAACGUAUGGAGAAAGUGGCCAAGUCGACAACACUGACCCAUUCAGGCCUCCCUCUAAAGCCACAUAUCAUAAUCAAUGUAAACGCAUCAUAAUGACUUAAUCGCAUCAUAAGGCCCCAAAGUGCACCAUAAGGACUUAGACGCAUCAUAUUGAACGCAAUCUCUUUCCA